CGGUGACGAAUUGUACUUGCACAUUCAUCUGCUUUUGAUUGUACUUAAAAAAUUUGUAGAAUUCUUUUAGAUGAUCCUUGGUUCUUUGUGUUACCGAAAUCACGCCACACGUGUUCCUUGUUCUGGUAUGUUUAUACACAAAGUCUGGUGAGUGAAAGAUGACCCACAGCUCAUCACCAUGGCAACCAAGAUGCUCCUGAGAAGUGGAACUUGCAACCAACUUCUUGAAGUGCUCAACGGUCCAGCUCGGUCCGUUCCAGCGUUGACAAACUGCUCAACAUGCCCAAGAUUCUCAUUCGAGCCCACGUCCAAGCCAAUCACAACCAAAGGGCGAGUCGAAAGUUCCUCUCGGAGACAAAUAACAAGCGUUUCUCUCGCCUCCGGAGCAACAGGAACUGAGCAUGUUGCCUCUCUGAGGUUUCACAAGGCACCGCCAAGUUUUCAUCUCUGCAAAAGACUGUUGUCCGACUCGAAGACUGAAGAUGGCAAUGGCAAAGCUUGUUCUUCAAGCGAAGACACUGAGAAAACCGACUCUAGAAGUUUACAAGAAUCCGAACAAGAACAAGAAUCUGAUGACUUGGACAUUUUGGACAAAGAUACGAAAGAGCUUUCCGAAUCGUCAAUCAAAAUAACUGAAAGAGAUUUGUUCAAUAGUGAGAGUUCAGAGAGUAAACACGUGGAAAGAACUGAAACUGGUUCAGAGAACAGCUUACAACAUGUUCAUUCAAAAACAAGGGACGAUGUUGAAAAUGUUGAGGAGGUAAAAGAUGAAACAUCUGUUAGUUUGAUAAUAAGGACUAAACCUGAGCAUGAAUUGGAUUUUAUUGACGACCAAGAGGCAGUAGAUAUUCUCGCCCCAAGGGAGACGCCAACUGUCUUGGAGGAAUUUAUACAACCAUAUCUCCCGACCGAAUCGCUAACACUGGCCACGUACGUCGACCACUCCCCAACGCUGCAGAAACUAGUCGAGCUCGGUGUCGAUCUGUCCAAAGUGGAGAAGAAAGCCAAAAUCGGGAACAUGCUGAUCAAGAUGGAUUUUGAUAGACACAUGAAAGACAAAAUCAUUCUUCUGCACUCCGUGGGAAUGACCUCCGCGACCGGUUUAGGCCGUUUUUUGACGAUCAACCCAUUCUUUCUGACCGAAGAUCUGGAGAACUUAAAAACGAGAUUGCGGUAUCUGCGAUCGAAGAAGUUUUCCGAGGACGCCAUCACCCAAGUGCUGAACAGGGCUCCUUACUUCUUAAGUUUCUCGGUUGAGCGAGUGGAUAGCAAGUUGGGUUUCUACCAGAAGGAGUUAAGUUUGACUGGAAAUGAACUUCGAAACAUCAUCACAAAGACGCCAAAGUUGGUAACCUUCAAGAUCCAACGAGUCAAGGAGAACAUCUUCGUGUGCCGUCAACAGCUGGGGUUCACGACCUUUGAACUCAAGAACCUCAUUUUGAAAGAACCAAAGCUGCUACUUCGAGGUAAAGAGAAACUCAUUGGCAUGUUCGACUAUCUCCACAACCACAUGGGCAUCCCUCACAAGCAGAUACUAAAGAACCCCACAGUCUUCAAUGGAAGAGUCUUCAGGAUGCAGGAAAGGCAUCAGUUUUUGAGGUUUCACGGGCGCGCUCAGUAUGACCCAACCCAGCCAGGCUAUGUUGCCCUUGAACGCCUCGCAAAACUACCGGAUGAUGUCUUCUGUCAGGAAAUCGCAAAGUCGUCCAAGGAGGAGUACGACAAUUUCCUAAAGACCUUAUAAAACAAUUUGGAAUUCAUAAGAGUUUUUAUCAAGUCAAUCACAAGUCAAUCACAAUUCCAUCACAAGUCAAUCACAAGUCAAACACAAGUCAGUCACAAGUUAGUCACA